AUGUCGAACACACACCCUCAAGAUGCAGCGCACGCCGCUUCGCUCGACGCGCCAGAAACCUUUUGGUCACACGAAGCCAAACAACUGAGCUGGGCUGUACCUCCAAAGACCAUCAUCGAGAGGACCACCAAAACCCUGCAAUCCGGCACGAAACACCAACACUGGAAAUGGUUUCCAGACGGCGAGAUAUCGACCUCAUACAAUUGCGUUGAUCGACACGUUGAUGCUGGCAACGGACAGCGUACAGCAAUAAUUUGGGACUCACCCGUGACGAACACCCAAGAGAAGAUCAGCUAUGCCCAGCUCGCAGAAGAGGUCGCAACACUCGCUGGUGUCUUGCGCGAAGAGGGGGUAAAGAAAGGAGACGUGGUUCUGAUAUACAUGCCUCAAAUACCUGCUGCCCUCGUCGGCAUUCUUGCCACCGCUAGGCUUGGUGCUAUCCAUGCGGUCGUCUUUGGUGGAUUCUCGGCACCGAGUCUGGCACAGCGCAUUGACGCGUCGAAGCCUCGUGUGAUCCUCACUGCCAGUUGUGGCAUUGAAGGUGCCAAAGGGCCGUUGCCGUACCAACCCCUGGUACGCGGUGCUGUCGAGCAGUCCAAGCACAAGCCGAGCAAGACCAUCAUAUGGCAGCGUGAACAGAGUCGAUGGGACCCUGUCAUCAAGGAAGACGGCGAACGCAAUUGGCAACGACUAGUCAAAAGUGCCAGGAACCGUGGCCUCAAGGCCGAGAACGUCCCGGUCAAGAGCAACGAUGGACUAUAUAUCAUCUACACAAGUGGUACCACGGGAGCUCCGAAAGGAGUAUUGCGCGAAGCAGGUGGUCAUGCAGUUGGCUUGAACUGCAGCAUGCGCUACUUGUUCGGUAUCCAGGCUGGCGAUGUCAUGUUCUGCGCAUCUGACAUUGGCUGGGUGGUUGGUCACUCCUUCAUCUGCUACGCACCACUACUGGCAGGCGCGACCACAGUUUUGUUUGAAGGCAAGCCUAUCGGUACACCAGACGCUGGCACUUUCUGGCGAUGUAUUGAACAGCACAAGGUGAAUGUAAUGUUCACUGCACCAACGGCCUUGCGAGCUAUUCGUCGUGAAGAUGGACAGCACAAGUUCUUCAUCGAAAGAGGCGAGAGGAAUGGCAUAAGGUCACUGCGAGCGCUGUUCUUGGCUGGUGAACGCAGCGAACCAGCUGUCGUCAACGAUUAUACCAAGUUGCUACAAAAGUAUGGUUCCCCUGGGGCUGCAGUUGUGGACAACUGGUGGUCUUCCGAAUCAGGUUCACCAAUGACAGGAUUGGCACAACUGCCCAGUUCAUGGCAUGAUGGUGGUAGCGAUAAGCAGAUCAGGCCUCUGGAGACAAGACCAGGCAGUGCAGGAAAGCCAAUGCCUGGUUUCGACAUCAGAGUUGUAGAUGACGAUGGUAACGAGGUCCCAAAAGGAAAGACUGGCAACAUUGUUCUUGGCAUGCCGCUCGCACCUAGCGGAUUCACGACACUUUGGAAGGACGAGAAGCGUUUCUACAACGGAUACAUGCUGCGUUUCGAGGGCAAGUGGCUUGACACGGGCGAUGCUGGUAUCAUUGAUAAGGACGGCUAUGUUCAUAUCCAUGGUCGUUCCGAUGAUAUGAUCAACGUUGCUGCACAUAGGUUGAGCACUGCCACUCUGGAGCAAGCCAUCUCCUCACACCCUUCAAUUACAGACAACUGUGUCAUCCCCGCGCCAGACCCUCUGAAAGGACACGUACCCUUCGCAUUCGUGGCUCUCUCGUCCUCGGCAGCACCAAUCCCCGAAAGCGAAUUGCUCUCUGCCAUCAACUCGCGCGUCAGAGCAGCUGUUGGACCCAUCGCUACACUGGGAGGCGUAAUAAUCGCACAAGGAGUCAUUCCUCGCACAAGAAGUGGAAAGACUCUACGCAGAGUGUUGAAGCAAAUGGUAGAAGAUGCGAGCGAAGGCAAUUUCGACAAGGAGGUCGAAGUGCCAGCGACGAUUGAAGAUGUUGAAGUUGUUGAGAGGGCGAGGAAGGUGAUCAAGACUUAUUUCAGCAGGAAGAGCAAGUUGUGA